CCCGACAGAAGCUUGGCACGUAGCAUGCCCCGGCAACCGACCGCUAGAGCAAUGCACGCGUGUUGCAACGACUCUUUUGUCUUCGUCAAUAAUGAGACUUGCACGUUUCUCCCUACACAUCGACAACCGCCAUUCCCCUCUUCCUCCCUUAUCAAGGCCAUGAACUGUGCAGACGCAUGGCUGGCUAACGUCCGCGCUGCGGGCGGUGACUUAGAGCCGCCGCCCAACCCAGCAAUCCCCGCCGAGUAUCUGCAGACACCACGCAGACAGCCUGUACCUGCUGCUCACCUCGUUCCCCCACCCUCCUUUAUACACUCAUCACUCGCUCCACCGAAACGACGACGUGCUGCGCUCUCCGAGAUUGAAUCUGCGAACCAGAAGCGACAGCGAGCUCUCCACGUACUAGGUCGCGAAAUGUCACAGAGCUCACGGUCGCCAACAAGAAAGUCAAGUAGACAGGCUGGGGUACGGACUACAAAGACAGAGGCGUUAGCAGAGCAUGAUUUGCUUGCAACGCAGCAUGUCGUGGACCCCAAUGCAACACCACGGCAGACUCUUCGGAAGCGUGCAGCACCUCCAUCGCUGCCAGCGCCAAAUUUGCAUACAAGGCCGGCGCCGGUCUUAACACCGAGUGCAUCCGAGGAGCAAGUAGAUGAGGAUGCUGAGAAUGUAGAGGCUCAGUCGGCCUACGAAUCGACCACUUCCAAACGAUCGCGUAGUCCAACUCGACGCAUGGUUGAUCUUCAAAUCGCAAGGAAGCCUGUAGUCUCCAAAUCAGCGACAUUCAGCACAGACGUCCCGCAAGACGUACGGGUACUCUACAAGACGGUUCAAGCGCUGGCUCGACGGUCGAAAGGCGUCAUUCCGCUGGGUAUCGAGGCUGAAAUAGAAAAGGAUUCUCAUGGCGACCUUGAAGACCUAGAGGACUACGUAGCAAAGACAUCGCAUGACAAAACCCACGAACAGUUGAAGGAUGAAUUCAAAGCCAUGCGAGAGAUUCGAAAUGAGACUUUAGUGUGCAAAACAAAGCAUCUACACGAACCGGGCUGGAAUGAGCUCGUACAUGGACCGAUGCUGAAGCAAGCUGCGCUUGGCCGCGCUGGCUUUUCAUACUAUAAUAUCACAACUGCGCGGGUCGUGAGAGGACUUGUGCCGGGCAACGAAUACGGGGAGCUUCUAAAGGGUAAGAUGAUCGACUUCGCCGUCACGCUCGGUCCUCCACUUAUUCCAACGGCCCACGUCAUCAAUCGCCUCGCUGCUUCUCCCCCUAAGCUUCAGCGCACCAUCAACCCACCUGAUUACUCCCCCCUCUGCUACGAACCUGUCGUUCUUAGCAUUGAGACGAAGUCCCCCGAUGGUGGCGGUGAGAACGGCGAAGUACAGCUCUCCCUCUGGGCGAUGGCCUACUUCAACCGUCUGCGUCAGCUCAUGCAGGAUCCCGUGACCAUGGCGCUCCCUCUCCUCUUGGUCACCGACGCCCGCUGGAAGUUGUACUUUGCUAGUGACUUGGGGGAUGAGAUUCAUCUAAUUGAUGCUGUAGAUAUUGGCACUACGGCUGAUAUUAUCGGGUGUUAUACUAUCUUGGAGGCGUUGAGGGUCAUUUUGAGGUGGAUUGAGGAGACAUUUGCACCUUGGUUUUUGAAUGGUUUGAAGCCCGAAUGA